CCGGGGGUGGUGAGGGGCCGGAGAGCCGCCGGGCGCCGCCUUCGUGCAGAGCGGCCGGGAGGGGGCUGCAGCCGCCGCCGCCGGCGCGCCGGGAGCAGGGGCUGCGGUGGCCGGCGUUGGCCGGCGAAGGUGGGCAUUUCUCGGGUCCCCUCCCCGCCUGCUGCCCCGCACCCCACGUGAAGCGGCAUAGAAAGGGGGUGUGAGGCGAGCGGGGAAAGUGAAUGGCGAAGGACUGAAGGGGGCCCCCUUCGGGACCCCGGCCGCACUGUUCACCCUCGUUCAUCCUCCCUUUUCGAAGCUCGGCGCCGGUGCCUCGCUGAGAAGGAGGAGGAGUCGCCGCGCCCGGCGGAGCGGCAGCCCCGCGUUCCUCUCCGGCUCGUGAACACAAAGAUUACGGUGCAGGAGGAGAUUGCACUCGGGCCCUCCGCCCUCCGGUACCCAGUACAAUGCACCAGCCGCCCGAGUCCGCGGCCGCCGCCGCAGACAUUAGUGCGAGGAAGAUGGCGCACCCGGCAAUGUUCCCCCGGAGGGGCAGCGCCGGCGGCGGCCCAGCCCUCGGUGCAGCAGGUACCGGCACUGGCAGCAGUGCCUCGUCCUCCGAGGAUCUGCCUCCUCCGUCGCUGCUCCAGCCGCCGCCUCCUGCAGCAUCUUCUGCGUCGGGACCGCAGCCUCCGCCUCCACAAAGCCUCAACCUCCUUUCGCAGGCUCCGCUGCAGCCACAGCCGCUGGCGCCAGGCGGAACGCAGAUGAAGAAGAAGAGCGGCUUCCAGAUCACCAGCGUUACUCCGGCCCAGAUCUCCGCCAGCAUCAGCUCCAACAACAGCAUCGCGGAGGACACCGAGAGUUACGAUGAUCUGGAUGAGUCGCACACCGAGGACCUGUCCUCGUCCGAGAUCCUUGAUGUGUCACUUUCCAGGGCUACUGACCUGGGGGAGCCGGAACGCAGCUCCUCAGAAGAGACUCUGAAUAACUUCCAGGAAGCUGAGACACCUGGCGCAGUCUCUCCCAACCAGCCUCACCUUCCUCAGGCUCAUUUGCCUCACCUUCCACAGCAGAAUGUUGUGAUCAAUGGGAGUGCCCAUCCCCACCACCUUCAUCACCACCACCACAUCCAUCAUGGGCAUCACCUCCACCACGGGCACCACCAUCCCUCCCAUGCUGGUGUGGCUGGUCCCUCGGUUCCUGGAGGGCCGCCCUCAAGCCCUGUAUUGAGAAAACUCUCUACAAGUGGAAGCUCUGACAGUGUGAUACCAGCCCCGCCACCUUCGAUGGUCUCAUCCAGUGGCUCACCUGCAUCUGUAAUGACUAAUAUUCGCACUGCGAGCACGCCUGGUAGUAUAGGUAUAAAUUCUGUUACUGGCACUAAUACAGUGAAUAAUGUUAACAUUUCUGCUGUGGGUAGUAUUAAUCCGAAUGUGACAAGCAGCAUGCUCAGUAAUGUGAAUACAAGCAAUAUUCCUGGUGCUGCUAGUGUGAAUGUUGGGCCUGGAGCUGGCGGCAGUGUUAAUGUGAAUCUCUUGAGUGGCAUGGGCAAUGGUACUAUUUCCUCCUCUGCUGCUGUUAAUCAUAUCCCUACUGCAGCUGCAGGGAUAGCUGUGGGAACAACAGUUUCAAGUCAACAGCAACAUCCAACAGUUAACACAUCGCGGUUCAGAGUUGUGAAGUUAGAUACCAGUUCUGAACCCUUUAAGAAAGGUAGAUGGACUUGCACUGAGUUCUAUGAAAAAGAGAAUGCUGUACCUGCUGCAGAAGGUGUGGUGAUAAAUAAGGUGGUGGAGACUGUCAAGCAGAACCCGGUGGAAGUGACUUCUGAGAGGGAGAGCACUAGUGGGAGUUCAGUGAGCAGCGGUGUCAGCAUACUGAGUCACUACACAGAGAGUGUGGGAAGUGGAGAGAUGGGAGCCCCGACUCUGGUGGUGCAGCAGCAGCAGCAACAACCAGCUCUUCAAGGUGUGGCCCCUCAACAGAUGGAUUUCAGCAGCACUGGCCCACAGAGUAUUUCAGCAGCUAAUAUACCACAGAGUGUUUCCCAGUCACAGAUCUCACAAGUACCCUUACAGUCUCAAGAAUUGGGCUAUCAGCAAAAGCACGGUCUUCAGCCAGUACCUCUGCAAGCCACUAUGAGUGCUGCAACUGGUAUCCAGCCAUCACCUGUGAAUGUGGUUGGUGUAGCUUCAGCUCUAGGUCAGCAGCCUUCCAUUUCCAGUUUGGCUCAACCCCAACUGCCAUAUUCUCAAACGGCUCCUCCAAUGCAAAGUCCCCUUCCGGGGGCACCACCCCAGCAGUUACAGUAUGGACAACAGCAGACUGUUUCUGCGCAGAUGGCUCCAGGCCAUGGUAAAUCAGUGACUCAAAAUCCUACUUCUGAGUAUGUACAGCCGAUUCUUCAGACAACAGUGUCCUCUGGACAGCUCAGUUCUAUAGCAGUGGGAACAGGAGCAACGGUGAUUCCUGUGGCUCAGCCACAGGGGGUUCAGCUGCCAGUGCAGUCCACGGUAGUGCAGGCCCAACCUGCAGGGUUGUCUAGCCAGCCCAUUGGCCAGCCUCCGGCAGCAGUGUCUGCUGUACCUGCUGGUAGUCAGAUGGCAAAUGUUAGUCACCAAACAAACAUACCUACUGCAGUGCAGCAGCCCUUGACUCAAGUCCCACCUUCAGUUAUUCAGCAAGGUGCUCCUCCACCUUCACAGAUUGUUCCACCUGCUCAGACUGGGAUUAUUCAUCAGGGAGUUCAAACUAGUGCUUCAAGCCUUCCUCAACAGUUGGUCAUUGCACCCCAAAGCACUUUGUUAACUGUGCCUCCCCAGCAACAAGGAGUAGAAUCGGUAGCUCAAGGAGUUUCACAGCAGUUGCCCGCAAUUAGUCCUUUGCCCUCUGCUAAUAUUUCUGUUACAAAUCAGGUUAGCUCAGCAGUUCCUUCUGCAAUGCCUUCUGCCCCAACAAACUUGGUUCCACCACAAAAUAUAGCACAAACCCCUGCCACCCAAAAUAGUAAUUUGGUUCAAAGUGUUAGUCAACCUCCCUUGAUAGCAUCUAGUAUAAAUUUGCCCUUGGCACAACAAAUACCACUGAGUUCUGCUCAAUUUUCCGCACAAUCAUUAGCUCAGGCAAUUGGAAGCCAAAUUGAAGAUGUCAGGCGCCCAGUGGAACCUUCCUUAGUUGGCUUACCUCAAACGAUCAGUGGUGACAGUGGGGGAAUGUCAGCAGUUUCAGAUGGGAGUAGCAGCAGCCUAGCAGCCUCUGCUUCUCUCUUCCCGUUGAAGGUGCUACCGUUGACGACACCCCUGGUUGAUGGCGAGGAUGAGAGCUCCUCUGGUGCAAGUGUGGUAGCUAUUGACAACAAAAUCGAGCAAGCGAUGGAUCUGGUAAAAAGCCAUUUGAUGUAUGCCGUGAGAGAGGAAGUGGAGGUCCUCAAAGAACAGAUCAAAGAACUAAUCGAGAAAAAUUCCCAGCUGGAGCAGGAAAACAAUCUGCUGAAGACGCUGGCCAGUCCUGAGCAGCUGGCCCAGUUUCAGGCCCAGCUGCAGACUGGCUCGCCCCCUGCCACCUCGCAGCCCCAGGGGAGCUCGCAGCCCCCUGCUCAGCCGGCCUCCCAGGGCUCAGGACCCACCGCAUAGCCCCUGGGCCCCCGCAGAACUGGCCGGCGCUGCCAUCCAAACUGACCAGACGCCCGAGAAGAUGGACUAGCGGGAUCCACCUCCACAGUCACCCAUUUCAUUGCUCGCUGCAAAAGAGACGUGAGAUUGACAUAUGCCAUUCUCAUUUUUUUCCCCUCCAGUAUUAAACACUCACAUGCUUUUGGCUUGAAGAAAUCUCUUAGCUGAGUUAAAGGUUAAUGAGAGAAUUAGCAUGGAUAUACUGGGACCUUAUGCAGCUUGGCAAAUACCUGAGAAAUGGUUUUAUUCUUGCUGAGGAGCUGUGUGCCUUUCCAUCCCUGCACUGCUCCCCACCCCUACUUCAAGAGUUCUCGUCUGCUUGCAAGUAGUUGGAUCCAUGGGGUUAUGACGCAGUGGAGUCCUCCAUGGGCUGCCUUCCCCUCUUUCCCCAUGAGGAACCUGAGAAGAAGGUUAAAGACUGUACAGCCUCGCUUCUCCUGAGGGAAAACAUAGUUCAUUGUACAACUUGACUUCUGUCACCAAAACCCAUAAACAAUAGUACUGUGCCUCUUUCUGAAACAGUGAAUGACACAAAACUAUUAGUGACUAAACGGUGGCAGGUAGCUGGGACCUAGGCUAUCUUUACCAUGAAGGUUGUUUUGCUUAUUGUAUAUUUGUGUAUGUAGUAUACUAUUUUGUACAAUAGAGGACUGUAACUACUAUUUAGGUUGUACAGAUUGAAAUUUCAAUGUUUCAUUGGCUGUCUGAAGGGGUGUAGAUUGUCUUUUCUAUUUAGAUCUUCAUAUAAAAUGCUCUGUGAAGAAACCACCCCUAGAGAAAUUUAAAAGAUUUGGCACAAUUAGUCUCUUUGUGUAAUCUGAAGUCUUUUAGCUGCUGAAUAUCCGAAGUAAGUCCUUGUUACUAAAGUCUUUUGAUUGAGCUGGUUGAAUACUUUGAACAAUGAUCCGUUCUAGCUAAGGAAGUGGAUUUCCCAGUAGAGGUUUCUGCAUAUUACCUGUAUAGUAGUUAUAUGCAUAUGUUUCUGUGCAUGUUCUCUACACACUUGUAAGUUGUCACUGUAUUUAACUGUUGCACUUGUCAACUUUCAAUAAAGCAUAUAAAAUGUUGAU